UAAAACGCAUCUCUCUCUCAGUCAGAUCCCCUCUCGCUCGAUCAGAACCCCUAUCUCAGUCAGAUUCCCUCUCUCUCUCGCUCAGAUCCCUCUCUCAGUCGGUCUCUCCUCCUCCUCCAACCAGUCAGCCAUCCUCUCUCAGAUCGCUCCCUCCUCCUCCUCCUCCAACCACUCAGCCAUCACAUUCUCCUGUCUCAGAACCUCACAGUCACAGGGGACAAAUUUCUCUCACCACCUCUUGUUCCUUUCAACAAACAGAAACUUGGUCUGAAAUGGGUAAACUCAGUGUUGAAAUCUGCCUGAUCUCUGCUAGGGGACUUCGGAGAACUUCAUCUCUGUGGAAGCUCCAAUGGUUGGCUGUUGGAGAGAGGCUUCAGGGGACAGCUACAGUUGUUGUGAAAGAAUUUCUUGAUAAAUACAUGAAGAAUUCUGAAGUUUCAAACUCAAAACCAGUUGAGGAAGUGGGGAGUUUUGAAUUGCGGAAAAGGAAUUCCACCAAACCUCAAGGAUUUGUGGAUGUUUCAAUCCGGGUUUCCGAGGAAAGGGACGAACCUAGUAUUUAUGGUAUGAGACUUCAAAAAAUACUUGAACCUUGCUUAUCUAUUUAG